GCUUGCCCAUUUGCAUCGCCGCGCCGGGAUUCAAAUCCGGCCCUCUCGAUUCCCAGCACAGACAUAACAACCUUGCGGGUAAUACAACAGGAGCCUCCCCAACCAUCCAGCAGGCUACCACCAUGUCCUCUGCCCCAUCCCUGCCUUCCAUUGCCACCAAGACACAUGGCAUUGAGAAGAGUGUGUGGGUUGAGUUCAUUCAGCUUGCCUUGGAAGUGAAGCCUCUCAACCUUGGCCAGGGCUUCCCAGACUUUGCUGCCCCAGACCAUGUGAGGAAGGCCCUCUCUGAAGCUGCUUCCAGCGAGUCCAACUUCUUGCUCAACCAGUAUACUCGCAGCUUUGGUCACCCCCGCCUGGUCAAUGCCAUCUCCAAGGUGUACUCCAAGGUGGUGGGCAGGGAGAUCAAUCCCAUGACAGAGGUGCUUGUGACAGCUGGGGCUUAUGAGGCACUCUUUGUCUCUAUCAUGGGUUUGGUCAAUCCGGGUGACGAGGUGAUCAUCAUUGAGCCGUUCUUUGACUGCUAUGUGCCACAGGUCAAGUUGGCUGGUGGUACCCCAGUCUUUGUGCCGCUGCGCCCGAAAAAGACAGAGGGAGUGACAAACUCAGGAGACUGGGUGCUGGAUCCUGCUGAGCUUGCUGCUGCUUUCAAUAGCAAGACCAAGGCUAUCGUGGUCAACACUCCCAAUAACCCACUAGGAAAGGUGUAUAAGAAGGAGGAGCUGAUGAUGAUUGCAGACCUAUGCAAGAAAUACAAUAGUGUUGCUAUAAUGGAUGAAGUGUAUGAGUGGAUGACAUACACUGGCCAGGAGCACUGCAGGAUGGCCACCCUUCCUGGAAUGUGGGACAGAUGCAUCACCAUUGGCUCAGCUGGCAAGACCUUCUCUGUGACUGGCUGGAAGAUUGGGUGGGCAUAUGGUCCUGCACACCUGCUGAAGGGUGCACAGGUUGUCCACCAACACUCUGUCUACACCUGCAGCACUCCAAUUCAGGAGGCAGUGGCACAAGGGUUUGAGAAGGAGCUGGAGUUGUACGGCACCCCAGAGUGUUAUCUUCAGUCCCUGGCAGUGGAGCUAGAGGAGAAGCGUGACAUGGUAGUCAAGCUUCUAACAGACGCUGGACUGAACCCCAUCGUGCCAGAGGGCGGCUACUUCAUCCUUGCUGACGUGCGGGAUAUUGUCAACAAGGUGGACAUUGGAGGCGACCUUAACGAACGGAAGGACUUUAGGUUUGUCAAGUGGCUGUCACGGAACCGCAAGCUGCAAGGAAUCUCCUCAGCCUUCUACUCCCCACAGCAUGGAGACAUCGGGGAGAACUACAUCCGUUUCUGCUUCAUCAAGGAGGACAAGAAUCUGCAGAAAGCUGGUGAGAUCCUGCUUGCCCUCAAGAAAGACAUUGAGGAAGGGAAGGUGUGAGCAAAAUGUAGUAGCUAUUGUAAGUCUUCCCAACAAACAAAUGAACUCUAUUUUGGUAAGACACAGUAUACAGUAGUACUUUACCUUUUAUCAAACAAGAUAAUGGAACAAAUAUGAAUAACUGGACAAAAGAUAAAGUGGUAUAAGUUUUCUUCUUCUGUGAUUUUAUUCUUGUGGUUUUGGUUAUCUCCCAGACCUUCCUAAAGAGGACAUGAAACUUGCACAACUGUCAGUAACCUUACACACAGCAUUAAACAUUAAACUUUGCUUGUCUUUACCUGUUUAUUUGUUUCUAUACAUAAAUUUCUAUGAUCUUUGAAAACUCUCUCUUCCACAUUCAUUAGUUAGUCUAUUGAGUGUAUUCCAGAUGUAUUAUGUUGUCAUAUCGGCAUAUUUUGAUGUGUGUGGUCAUUACUAGUUAUUAGUAAUAUUCAGUCUGUACAAUUACUCUUUAAACAUUAUUCUGUGUGGUUGAAUGUUUUAUGACAUGCUGCCAUUGUUAUGUAUAUCAGUAAAUCUUAUUUGUUCA